AUGGAACGCGUCGUAGAGCUACAUCAGGAAAACGUCACGUACUUGUACAGGUACUUGGAGUACUUGACCAAGUACCUCAAGUAUCCCAAGUACCUCAAGUACCCCAAGUCCAAUGGACUUGGCCAAGUCGGGUGGGUCAACUUGGCCAAGUACCAGGUACUUGGCCAAGUCCUCCAAGUCCCUGUUCAAGUUCAUGCCCAAGUUCACUGUGAGAUGUAUUGA